ACGAAACGCAACCGAAAAUUGUUAAGGCAACUGCCAAACGGAACGUUGCGCGUGUGAAAUCAACAACAAGUGUUAAGUGAUAAGAAGAAAUCAAUGAAAAGUAUAUAAAAAAUCAAUCAAAAAAUCAUUAUCUUUUGCUAAAUAUGAAAAAUAUCAGAAAAAGAUUAGCAUUAUGAUGAAAUUACCCAAAAUGUGUUUAAUCAAAUCGACAAUUGUCUUAAUAGUCUGUUUGAGUUCUAUGGUGAAUGGUGACAAAGUGAAAACUGUCAGUUUAAAUAGUUGGAAUUUAAGCAAUGAAAACAAAACGAUAAUUGUGAGUAACCUUAAGGCUCCCACUGGAGUGUAUACAGCUUUAAAAAGCCGUUUUGGCGAUAUACUGGACUCGAAAAAUGACGAAGCUUUGCGAUGGAUAGCAAAUGAGACUUGGACCUUUUCCACAAAAUUUAGCGGCAGUCCUGACAAAAACACCAAGGUCAAUCUUACCUUCCAUGGCAUAGACACCGUGGCCACCAUACGCCUGAACAAUCGUCUAUUAGGCAAUACUGAUAAUAUGUUCAUACGUUAUUCCUACGAUAUAUCAUCGCAAAUGCAAGUGGAUAAUGAGUUGGAAGUUGAAAUCAAAUCUCCUCUUGUGGUGGCCAGAGAAAGAGCAGAGUAUUUGAUUUCUCAAAAUAAAUCAGCUCCGCCUCAUUGUCCUCAUGUAAGGGAGAAUGGUGAAUGUUAUCGCAAUAUGUUGAGAAAAAUGCAGAUGAGUUUCGGAGGCGAUUGGAAUCUGGCAGCGCUCUCUAUGGGCAUCUGGAAACCUGUAGAGUUGGAGUACUACGAGGUGGCCAUUAUGAGAGACGUCGAUGUGGCCAUACGACGCAAUGAUACUCAUUGGACUUUGGAUAUUCGAGUAUUUCUCAGCACGGGAGUGCGGCAGAAUUUCUAUGGCGAACUAACGUUUAUAGCAGCAGAACUCUUAGAUGCUCCUUAUGAGUUGAAGAAAAGAUUGAUUUUAUAUAAUUCCCCUCAAAUUGAGUUUCAAAUAAACAUACCACAGGGGAAGGUACAAAUGUGGUGGCCAAAUGGUUAUGGUGAGCAAAAGUUGUAUCCUCUGUACUUUAGGGCCCAAUGUUGGUUAGAUAUAAAUGGACCAGCUCUCAAGUCAAAAACUCGAUCUCAGAAGACAAUAAACAUAGGAUUUCGCACCAUAGAACUGGAAGAAGAUGUAGACGAUUUUGGUCGCAGUUUUUAUUUCAAAGUCAACGAUCAUCCCAUCUUUAUAAAAGGAGCCAGCUAUGUUCCAUCUCAUAUCCUGCCAGAGCAAUCAUACAAAGAAUCAAAAUUGGAACACAUCAUCAAAUCAGCCAAAGAAUCCCAUUUGAAUAUGAUUCGCGUUUGGGGAGGUGGUCUAUACGAAUCAGAUACCUUUUACAAUCUAACUGACUACUAUGGGCUAUUGGUGUGGCAGGAAAUGGCCUUUUCAGGAGCAACAUAUCCCAUGACUUUGACAGACUUUGUAGAAUCCAUUCGCCUGGAGGUCUAUCAAAAUGCCAAACGUUUGGCCUUCCAUCCCAGCUUGGCCAUGAUUGUGACCAAUGAUGAAAUUGAAUUGUAUUUGACCAAAAAUAAAACCGAACUUGGAGAUGAUUCCACUAGGCUGGAGGAAGAAUAUCGCAAUUUAUUUAUGGGUAUUAUACGGCAUGAGCUGAAUGUUAUAUCUCGCAAAGAUUUUAAUCCGCGAGCGGGUCCAAUGAUAUCCACCCCUUCUAUGGGAGUGGAGGAGAGUAAAAAGGAUUUAUCAACGGAACCACAAAACCCCAAUUAUGGUGAUGUUCAUUUUUGGCAAGACGAAAAAGAUGCCUGGGAUCCUGACAUAUAUCCUCGAGCGCGCUUCAUUACAGAAUUUGGCAUUCAAAGUCUUCCCGUUCUAGCUUCAUGGAAUCGCACUCUGUAUGAAGAUGAUGAAUUAAACUCGAUAAUCACACAUCGUCAACAUGAUCCCAAGGGAUCUCUGCCCAUGAUGAAAUUGAUAACGAGACAUUUUCGCUUGCCGGCCAUGGACUGGGAUGAGAAUGUAGACAAAUUGGUUUUCCUUAGUCAAGUAUCGCAGGCCAUGGCUGUGAAGACAGCCACCGAUGUAUUUCGAUCGGAACGUGUCCAUAAGAGGACAAUGGGUGCCAUGUAUUGGCAAUUGAAUGAUGUUUGGAUAGCACCCACAUGGUCAAGUGUAGAUUACUUUGGGAAUUAUAAGAUAGUUUGGUAUUGGUCCAAACAAUUUAUGGCCCCCACUUCGAUUAUUGCUCUCAUCGACAAUAAUAACGAUCGCAUUAAUAUCACAGUGACCAAGGAAGAAUUAGUGGACGACAUAGAAGAGCCUGAAGCCUAUAACAUAACCAUGUACACCUAUCAAUGGUCUGAAUUAUAUCCAAGGCGUACUGAGACUUUUGAAGUUACAGUGCCCUCCAAUGGAUUCUUUAGAAAGUACAUUAAUCUACCCGAUGUGUUCAAUGGAUUGUAUACAAAAUACAAUAGUUUUUUGAAAUUUGAAUUGUCUAAGAAUAACCAUACCAUAUCAAACACCUAUAUAUUCCCCAGUAAUUUCCAUCAAGCCACUGGCAUGGCAGAUCCCCAAUUGAGAAUACGCUUCACUCCCGAUAACUGUGAUGAAGAAACCUCAACUUCACACUUUAUGUACUACAGUUUCUCAAUUACUGUAAAAAUGCCUGCUCUGUUUGUUUAUUUGGAAAUCUAUCAUCCGAGUAUUGAAAAAUAUAAAUUGUCUGAAAAUGGUUUCGUGCUCACCGAACCCAUUAAAGUGAUUCAUGUAGAAAUGGAGUUGAAAAGGGAUUUCUGCUUGGAACUGAAACCGGAACAUGUUCGAGUCUUAACCGUCAAUCAAUUGUUUGUGAAUUCAGUGUCCAGUCCUUAUUCCACAACUGCGAGUAUAAAUAAUGUGUCGCAACCAGCUGAGGAAUCCACCACUGUUGAAGAUGAUGUGGAUGCGAGUACAAUUCCUACAACUAUUUCAAUAGACUUGGAUCAGGAGUAUUAGAAUUCAAGGAAACAGCCCCGAAAAAAUUUUACUCUUAAGAAAUAAUGUUCCUUAAAUAAAGCGAAAUUGAUGUAGUCUCUAGCUUACAGCAAAAUGAUUUUAUACUGCAAAAUGUGACAUAGUCUGUUAUUCUGUACAAGUAUACAAUAAAACAAAUAUAUAUAACAAUGAGAA